GCUGGGCUGUAGAUACAAAUGGAAUCCCUGGAUGUGAUGAUGCGGCGGCUUAUUGCGCUACGAACGGCCCUUUUCGCAUACAUAUGUAGUCACGGCGUGCGCUGCCGUCCAGCCUCGCAACUCUCGCUUUCAUGUCACGGUAGCCUCCAGGUGCAAUGUCUUCGGACGACGGUCCAUCGGAGGAGGAAUUGAUAGCGGCGUACGAGGAGAAUUUCGUCAGCAUAUGCUGCCUCUCCGCUGUCUGCGCGCUGUACGUCUACGAUCAUGUCUUGACAUUCGGUCAGGAGGUUGCCAUGAUCUGGAUGCGCCGGAAGGGCUUGUUGACACUGAUAUACACGCUCUUACACCUUGUCACUGCUUUGGAAUUGCUAUGGUAUAUUAUGUCGUAUAUUGAAUUUCCUUGCCGAAACCUACAACCUCAACUUGACGACUGCUGCUACGUAUUGCCUGCUCAAUUUUCUCUGGGGAUUCAUCUCAGCUGCUCGAGUUCAUGCUAUCAAUGGCCGACGAUGGCGGUUGCCCUUGAUCAUCAUGACGCUCUAUAUAGUGCCCGUCGUCGCGACCAUUUACGAUUACAGCCGGCUCGGGUGGGAAAUUGCAGGUGGGGAAUGCCACAUUUUCAACGUCGCGUCCACGGGAACAUUAUACGGGUGAUCGAAUUGGCCACGCGAAUCAGCAUAAUCGCCGCUGACGCACUCGUGUUGGCGGUGACCUGGCGUGCCACCUUCGGCUUCAAGAGAUGCAAAGAUUCCGCAAAAGUGAAGCUUCCUCUAACAACAUUGCUGCUCAGAGAUGGAACCGCGUACUUCAGUAUUCUCCUUGUACUCAACAUCAUCAAUAUUAUUAUGUGGACAACCAACAACGUCACAGAAUUCCCUACCACCCUCACGACCGUAUUACUGUCACGGUUCAUCCUCAACCUUCGUCAACGAGCGCUGGCUCCACAGAGCAUCGUCUCCAGCCCAUCGCAACUCUCGGAUAUACGCUUCUCUACAUUGGUUCAAAGCUUCAGCGAUUCCCUGGCCCACGGGUCCGAUGAACCGGACAAGGAGGGAAGUGGCGAGAGCAUCCGCCACGACAGCGUGGAAGGCGGAGACCUCAUAGAGUCAGGAGACGAGCACGAGCUGGGGGUCCUCGGCUUGCGCGACACGAAUGGGAUAGGACAAGAGUCUUUAGAGGCGGCUCCAGUCGGAUCCAGUAUGCUGCUGGUCGCCCGGGUAUGAUCCUAGCGCUGCCUCGUUCGUUUCUUCACGCUUCUACCUCGUCACCCACAAGAUCCGCACGCAUUGCAAUUCAAUCGCUUGUUUCU